AUGGCAACACGCCGAGUAAUUGUUCCUGGAGCAUACGGUGUCGUCUACAAGGCUCGAGAGCUAAACUACCCCAACCGCAUCGUUGCUUUAAAGAAGGUCCGACUCGAAGCCGAUGAGGGCGUCCCUAGCACAGCCAUGCGAGAGAUCUCCCUCCUCAAGGAAAUGAAGGACGAAAAUAUUGUCCAGUUGCUGAAUAUUGUACACGUCGAUAGCUACACCCUAUAUCUCGUCAUGGAGUUCCUAGACUUGGAUCUGAAGAGAUAUAUGGAUGCCCUGCCUGUCAGCGAAGGUGGCCGCGGCAGACCUCUCCCCAAAGGAUCGAGAAUGAGCCUAGGUCUUGACGAAGCGAUGGUGAAAAAGUUCAUGGCACAACUUCUUGAGGGUGUCCGUUAUUGCCACAGUCAUCGCAUUCUGCAUCGUGAUUUGAAGCCGCAGAACUUGCUUAUUGACCGGGAGGGUACCCUGAAGCUAGGUGACUUCGGCCUUGCUAGGGCUUUCCGUAUUCCGCUACGGAGAUAUACCCACGAGGUAAUACCCCAACUCGAAGAAAAACCAUUAAAGCUGUUGGAUACUAACGUGUAUUCCCCUACUAAGGUUGUGACCCUAUGGUAUCGUGCCCCUGAAAUUCUUCUCGGUGGUCGCCUUUACUCCACUGGCAUCGAUAUGUGGUCUGUGGGAGCUAUUUUUGCUGAGAUGUGCACUCGCAAGCCACUCUUCCCUGCCGACUCAGAAAUUGAGGAAAUCUUCACCAUAUUCCGCCUCCUUGGGACUCCUAACGAAGAGACCUGGCCCGAUGUCACUACCUUGCCCGACUACAAAGCUACGUUUCCUCAAUGGAAGCGGCCUCGGACCCCUCUGGUGCCAGGCCUGGAGAGUGCUGGCUGCGAUCUACUAGAGGCUCUUCUCCAGUACGACCCCGCGAAAAGGAUUUCUGCGAAGCAGGCUUGCCUCCACCGUUACUUUCGUAAAGGAAUACAAUAUUCUGAUUCGGAAUCCGACUCAGAAUCAAGAUCUUCUCUCCGCCCGACAAAGAAACCUCGCCACAACGUCAACCCAGGUCCAUCUCUGCCGCCCCUACCUGCAUCAUUCCACAAUCUCUAUGCCUCAAGUACACGUGUGAGCGUGCAAGAUAACCCCAGCCUCCAUGGCGGCCGCAAACGCAUAAUUCCCCAUGUGGAAGGAAACUGGCCAACACAUCUUUACCUCGAAUGGUACCCGGGGAAAGACGAGCUAUCGCUCCUUGCAGAUGUCAUCUCUCAGUCUGGCAAUGUGCCAGAUGAAAAAACACCCGUAGUGCACAGUCUUCUCCAUAGCGAUCUGGGUGCCCAGCUACCCCUUCAUAUCAGCCUGUCUCGACCCGUGGUUCUUCGCACCGAACAGCGAGCCUCAUUUACCGAGGCGCUGCAAAAGGCUAUUGACGACUCGCAUGUUUCAUCAUUUCACGUGCAGCCGGAUUCUUUAUAUUGGUCAUCGAACUAUGAAAAGACACGCUGGUUCCUCGUCCUGGGCGUGCAGAGACCGAGCAAUGAUGGUUUAAACCGCCUAUUGAAGCUGUCAAAUGACACUCUUGCUCGCUUUGGCCAGCCGCCACUUUACGCAACCUCCUCGACUAAUGGGCAGCAUACUAGUGUAUCUCUCCAUGAUAGGAGCAGCAGUCUGACCGGCGAGGACUUCUCGAAAUGCUUCCAUAUCUCACUUGCUUGGUGUCUGUCAGAGCCUAGCCCAAAGGAACGUGAACGGGUUGCCGGGAUAGAUUUCCGAGAUUUGAGGGAAAUUCGGGUUGGAUUCGAUAGCGUCAAAGCGAAGAUUGGGAAUAUUGUCGGUAGUAUACCAUUAGAAAAAAGCCCAUAA